AUGGAUGAGUUGUUGGCAAUCAUUGUAAUUGUUAUCCUUUGCUGUGUUAUGUUCUUCGCCUGGCUAGUGUCGAUGGCCACUUGUCCAGAUGCGAUGGUUUCGUUCCUCUCCGGUUCGAGAUAUUCCGACUUACAGGAACUAGUAAAGUCUGUUUCCUCUGUCUACCUACAAUUGAAUGCACAGCGCAAGAUGAGCGAUAAGAAACUCAGCGUUGUACCGGAAGCCGAUGAACAGCUUACGGUGCAAUCGACUAUUCAUUCGAUGCGACCAUCAAUUCUUCGUGCUCCAUCGCAGCCCAAUGGCGAAAAGAAGUUGGACAUUGCCGAAAUGGUCUGA